UGGAUCAUUCCACCCUGCUGAAUUAUUGGGAUUUGUUUGCUGCUUUUUCCUGCCUGGUAUUAAAACUAGAUGUGCCUGCAGCCUGUCUGUGUUUGUUUCUCAUCGAAUUUUGUUGGGCUAAUUGUUAUUGACCGACUGUAGGCUAUAGUACUUUUUUGGCUAUAUAUAGAUAUAUUAAUAUAUUUAUAUAAAUUUUGACCCCACCUCCCGCCAGUGUAGGGGAUCCUGUUGAGGGGAUGUUCUCGUCUUCAUCCAGAAACUCUUUGUUGUGGACGUCCAUGGAGCAGUCAGACUCUGAAGCGCUGGACAUCAGCACCAAGGUGCAGCUGCACGGCGUGCUGUGGAAGAGACCCUUUGGGCGGCCAUCAGCCAAGUGGUCCCGCAGAUUCUUCAUCAUCAAAGACAGCUUCUUGCUCUACUAUGCAGAGAGCGAGAAGAGAAACUUUGAGAGCAACAGGUACUUCAAUAUCCACCCUAAGGGAGUCAUUCCUCUAGGAGGAUGCGUGGUGUCAGCCAACGAAGAUAUGGGGAUGCCUUUUGCCAUAGUAGUCAACCUUGAAGAUUUCACAGGUACCAUAGUUCUGGCUGCUGAGUCUGAGGAGGAGCAGGUCCAAUGGAUAGAGAUGCUCCAGGAGUCAGGGAAAGUCACAUGGAAGAAUUCCCAGCUUGGGGAGGCCAUGAUCGAGAGUCUGGAGGCCCAGGGACUGCAGCUAGCCAAGGAGAAACAAGAAUACCUGGAUAAACUUAUGGAAGAGACAGAGGAGCUAAGUCAUCAAAGAGCACAACGGGAGGAGCUGGAGCGUCUCAACCAGGUCCUGGAAGAGGAGAAAAGGAAGUUUGAGGAGGUAGUUCUGGAGCUGAAGGCAGAGCAGGAGCAGAUCAAUCUAGAUCUGGAUGGUACAACUCAGUCCCUGAAAAGUGUUGACCGGGAAAAAGAAGAGUUAAGCUGCUUAACAGUUACGCUUCAGAAGUCCAUAGAGGAGCUCUCCCAAGAGAAACAGCGAAGACUUCUGCUGCUGGGUGUGAAGGAGCAAGAGGAUAAGGAGGUGGACAAACAGAGUUUAGAAUCAACAUGCAAAGAGUCUUUGGAUGGAGAGGGCAUUCGAGACCCGGAGGUGCUGCAGGACCUGCGACACAUUGAGGAGCAAAUGAAGAUCCUGCUGAAGGAGAAGGAGCAGGCUGAUGAGAAGCUCUAUGAGAACGAGCAUCACUCUAAACUCCUGCAGCAGGAGAAGGAGUACUACUCCACCCAGGCUCAGACGCUGCAGCAGUCGCUCUCUCAGCUCACAGCAGACAAGCAGCAGACUGAGGCUGAGCUCAAGGUGGAGAUUCAGUCCCGCAUGGAGCUGGAGCAGAGGCUGAAGCAGGCUGAGGAGGCUCUGCAGGACCUGGAGAAGGGCCUGAACUCACUGGAGCGGACCAAGGAAAGAGAUGAGAAGCUGAAAGGGGAUGUGACACAGCUGAGAAAGUUCUUCGAGGAGUGCAUCUGUGCAGCGGAGAUUGAGGCGAAGCUCCCAGCCAUAAUGAAGAAUGCUGUUUACCUGCACAAAGCUGCUGCACGCAGAAUUAAGAGCUGCCGAAUCCAAAGGAGAGUCUCCAGGCGCCACUGGUUGAAACACUCCAAGUCGUUUGCAAUGGCCAACCCAGAUGAUGGCAGCAUGGAGGAACUGCGGGCGACGGCUCGACGGCUGACCUCCGACAGCAGCUUCAGGGAGAGCGUGUACAAGAUCGUUGUUCGCAAGGAAGCCGCAAACACCAUGAUGGACUGAGCGGACGAAGAAAACCCAGAAAUGUCCUUUAGUAUUAUCUCAGUCAGCACAGAAAUCUGGAAGAGACCCUGAUCCCAAACCUACCAUUAAGGUUCUCCUGUUGGAAGCGCACACCAAGCUGUUCGAUGACCGUCUCCAAUCAGUUCAAGAAUAAACAAAAUCAGCCAAAAUAAGGUUUAAUUAAUUUAUGCCACAUAAACUGCUUUGAAAAUGUUUUUCUGUUUACAGAUGUUUUUUGCUUUCUUUGUUACAUUUAAAUGUUUCAGUUUGUUUCAGUUUACACAAAAAUGUAAUACCAGGCAAAGAUAACCUUGGGAGAUAUGAAAAUAUUGUUUUCACAUCAUAAUUUCCUUUAUUUAGGAAAAAAAAGCUCUCCAAAACCAACAUGACUCUGGGUGAAAAAUGUCACCUUCUACCUAAUGACUGAACGUUUGUGAACUGGCACUUUGGAGUGUUUUCUGUCACUGCGGAACAAUUUUCUGCAUGAAAUUGUUUUAAUUCAGCCACAUGGGAGUCUUUUUGAUCCUAAACAACAUCUUAGUGGGACUUUGACUAGGCCACUUCAAAAGCUUCAUCUUGUUUAUGUAACCCAUUCAGAAGUGGAGUUUCUGGUUUGGAUCAUUACCCAAGCAGGCCUGAUAUCUGGCCAUUCUCCUUCAGGAUUUUCUCUACAAGUAAAGGCUGAUGGGUAUCUGCAGCCUUUUCUUGUAGAGAGAAGAAGGUAUGGUUUGAUCACUACAGCAAAUCAUCCAGGUCUCUAAGUAGCAGAGCAGCCCACACCAUAACACUUCUACCACCAUACUUGAGUGCCACUAUGAAUUUCUUUUUUUUGAAAUACUUUAUUAGAUUAUUACCAGAUGUAAUGAGAUGCACCACUUACAAACUGUUGAGAUCCUGUUGUGAUAAGCUUACUUCAUAUUGACAGAAAGUCUUAUUUAAGUACGUUUUCGAUUCUAUAGGUCCAGCUGUAAUCAGGCAUGGGUGUGGAUAGUAGAACUGAACGAAAACAAUGUGGUUAAUCACAGUUCAUUUAUGGUUUAACAACCUGGGGAUAUUCAUAUAUUCCUUUGGGCCAGAUCAGUUUAGACAGCCUUUUUUCCUUAUUAAAUAAUAUAACGCAUCCAAGCGUUUUGGAUCUUACUCAGGUUAUAUUUAUCUGAUAUUAAAACCUAUUAGAUGAUUUUAAAACAUUUUAAGUGGGCAAGCACCUUCUAAUGGAACUGUACAUCUGAGUGCAAUUCCAGGAUCUCCAGAAGCACCAAAGUUAAACUAAGGGCCCAAAGAUCUUUGUUGUUUGUCUCAGGGUUACCAGCAGCGGAUCUCUUUAUAGCAUGUAUGUGAAAAGGAUGUUUGAACUGGAUGGAAAAUUGAAGACGCUUAGCUAUAGAUGACUGAAUUAGUCUUUCAUUUUACUGCAUUGAUCUUGCAGUGUGACCUGUGCUGAUUAUUCACACUAGAUCUUGAUGACCUUUCUCUCUGCAUGCUCAGACCUUGGGGAAUGUUAAUGCUGUCCUGCUGGAAAAAAGAGCUUUUAUAUAGUACUAACUGCAGGGGUGCCAACAAUUGUGUGACUAGUGAUUAAGAUGAAAAUAUUUAUUUCUUAGCAGGAAAUUAUUUCACUCUGAAAUUAUAUAUUAAAUUAAAGGUUGUAUUCCUCUAAAUGUAAGAUUGUGCUACUGCAAUAAAGGCUGAAUUUAUUUUAAGGCUUUUUACACAUCUUUACCAGGGGUCCCAAUAAAUUUGACUGGAACAGAGGGAGACAGUUUCCCGAAGUACCCUCAUCAACCACAGAGGUGGAACUAAACACAUUUUUUAAAGCAACUUCAUACUUCAUUUCAGAUAAAGAAUGUUCCCCCUUUUACUAUAUAUU